AUGGAUAAGAACUCUUUGACUGCACCUCCGGAAGGCAACUGCUGCCUGCAGACUCUCUCCGUUGAAAGACAACCUGUUGAGAAUUCGCUCUCAGGUUUCUUGGGCAAUCUGUUCGACACGUCGUCGUACCCAGCUCGAUGGAACUGCGGCGAAUGGACACCCAUUGAAGGUUGGCUGCACAUCGUUUCCGACGUCGGCAUCUUCUUGGCGUACUUCGCCAUUCCUGCAGCUCUGAUUUACUUUCUGUUCAAACGCAAAGACACACCGUUCAACGGCCUGCUAUUUCUGUUCGCCGCCUUCAUCUUGUUUUGUGGGGCAGGCCAUCUUUUGGAAGCAGUCAUUUUCUACCACCCGCUGUAUCGUCUGUCGGGUGUACUGAAGCUGGCCACUGCCAUUGUCUCUUGCAUUACUUCGGUGGUCUUACUGAAGCAAAUCCCCAAGUUCCUCGAAUUUCCCCACUUGGCUACAAAGAACGAAUUGCUACAGAAAGCCGAUCAGGCAAAGACCGAAUUCCUGGCCAACAUGAGCCACGAAAUUCGGACCCCGAUGACGGCGAUUCUCGGCUACGCCGAUCUGCUCCACGAGGACCAUAAACGCAACCCCGGAUCUGCACAGCAAAGUGAAGCGAUCGAGGCGAUUCAGAGAAACGGAAUCCAUCUAUUCGAACUCAUCAACGACAUCCUCGAUCUCUCCAAGAUCGAAGCGGGCAAGUUCACUGUCGAGUUGAGCCAAUGCGAUCCAUUAGAAGUUACUAGAGAAGUGAUCACGCUCCUCUGCGGUCGUGCGGCAGAAAAAGGAAUUGCACUUGAAAUCCGCCCUGAAGGACCUCUGCCAGAGAGCAUUGCUACUGAUCAUAUGCGUCUCCGCCAGGUGCUUAUCAACAUCGUGGGCAAUGCUAUCAAGUUCACCGAAACCGGUUCAGUGUGUGUCGCGUUGCGGUUGGAUCAAUGUGUUUCAGGAUCCCCAAAGAUUGUUUUCGAUGUCAUGGACACGGGUAUUGGAAUUCCUCAAAACACGCUGAAACAACUGUUCACCCCCUUCACGCAGGCCGACAGUUCCACAACUCGCAAGUUCGGUGGGACGGGACUGGGGCUCACAAUCAGCCGACGCAUUGCGGUCGCUUUGGGGGGAGAUAUCUCCGUCGAGAGCGCUCCGGGCCAGGGCAGCACCUUCACCGUCACACUCGCCACGGGCUCAAUCGAAGACAUUCCGCUCAUCGACCACUCCACAGAAAUAAAUGUGACCCAACGGGAAACGAGCCCCGCUCCUUCGCCGUCAAGAACUAACACUGUAGAACUGCCCUACCGGAUUCUCGUCGUUGAAGAUGGGAUCGACAACCAGCGGCUAAUCAGAUUCAUCCUCGAGAAGGCCGGCUCCACAGUCGAUUUGGCCGAAAACGGACAAAUCGCUGUCGAGCGAAUCAGCGAGGCCAGCCAGAGGGAAGAUCUGUACGACGUCAUCUUGAUGGACAUGCAAAUGCCGAUCAUGGAUGGCUACGAAGCCACUCGCCAACUAAGAGAGCAAGGCUACGCUGGACCAAUCGUCGCCCUUACGGCGCAUGCUAUGGAGACCGAUCGCCAGAAGUGCAUCGAUGCUGGCUGCGACGACUAUCUACGCAAACCCAUCGAUCGAACAGUCCUUUUAGAAACGAUUCAGAAGUACGGAAUUCCUGUGCUCGUGGUCUUCGUGCAUCCUCACUGUUCAUGCACAGCAUCCACCCUGGGCGAAGUCGAACGGUUAGUUGCCGAGAUUCCAGAGAAGUUGCAAACAUUCUUCGUAUUCGGCUAUCCCCAAUCGAUGGAAGCAGCUUGGGUCGAGUCGCCCCUGUGGAAUCGGGCAGCUAACAUUCCAUCAUCAGAGAGAAUUCUCGACCCGGGCGGAGCCAUCGCUUCUGCCUUUGGGGUUCUAAUCAGCGGUCACUGCCUGCUCUAUUCGCCCGCUGGCGAGUUGGUGUUUGAUGGGGGACUGACCCCAGCCAGAGCUCAUGAAGGCGAAGCCUUCGGACGCGUCGCAGUCCGACAGCUCCUGAAAGGCGAAGAACCGGUUAAACAGAACACGCCCGUCUUCGGUUGCGAACUGGUCCGCGAAAACUCAGAAGCGGCCUCCCCCAAUUCUACACAGGUUCGAGCAGAAGAGUUGCUCGCUUCGGAACUUCGCCAGUCGAGGUCUUCCGUCGAUCGAGUCUUCGCGAUUCUCAUGCUACUGCAGUGGGUCGCAUGCAUCGUAGUUGCGGUGUUCGUUGCCCCCCGCACCUGGAUUGGUGCACAAAGCAGCGUUCAUGUACACGUGUGGGGAUCACUCAUCCUGGGCACAAUCAUUGCCUCAUUGCCCAUCGCAUUGGCACUAAACAGGCCAGGCGAAACCGUCACCAGGCAUGUGAUUGCGAUUGCCCAAAUGUUGUUCUCGGCCCUCCUAAUUCACGUAUCUGGAGGGCGAAUCGAAACCCACUUCCACAUCUUUGGAUCGUUGGCAUUCUUGGCUUUUUAUCGCGAUUACAAGGUACUCGUUUCCGCCACCGCGGUCGUCACCAUCGACCACUUCCUGCGGGGAGUGUUCUGGCCACAAUCGGUCUUCGGGGUUCUCACUGCCAGCCACUACCGUUGGGUCGAGCAUGCUGCCUGGGUGUUUUUCGAGGACAUUUUCCUGUUCGUUGGCAUUCGAGGAAUGCUUAGCACCAUGCGGCUCAGCGCAUUCCGAGAGGCCCGCCUUGAAGUCACCCAACAGAAGGCCGAGCAAUUGGUCGAAGACAAGACCCAAGAAUUGCUCAGUGUGAACCACGAAUUGGCCAAUCAAAUCGCUUAUGCCAACCGCCUUCUAAGCGACGCCAAAGCCGCCAACUCAGCGAAGAGCGAAUUCCUGGCAAAUAUGAGCCACGAAAUCCGCACCCCCAUGACGGCAAUCCUGGGUUACUCCGAAUAUCUGCUCGGCGAAGAGGGUCUCGAAAAAGCCCCGCCCGAACGUCAAGCGGCAUUGAAAAGUAUCAGGCGUAACGGGGAGCAUCUGCUGACCAUCAUCAACGACAUCCUCGACAUGUCGAAGAUCGAGGCCGGGAAGAUGAAGGUUGAGAAGAUCGACACCCCGGUCUCAGGGGUCAUCGAAGAAGUUGCAUCGCUGCUCAGCGACAGGGCCAAGGUCAAGGGAAUUGCACUGCGCACCCAAUACGACGGUAAGAUCCCGACUAGCAUCACCUCCGACCCCACACGGCUGCGACAGAUCUUGCUUAACCUGACCGGCAACGCGAUCAAGUUCACCGAGAAUGGAUCGGUCACUCUGCGAACUUCCUUCGAGCACGUUGGGAAAUACGGCAAGCUGCGCAUCAAUGUCAUCGACACAGGCGUAGGAAUGACCACGGAGGAGCGGGACAAGAUCGCCCAGUUCGACGCAUUCAAUCAGGCAGACGGAUCGACCACCCGCAAGUUUGGUGGCUCAGGGCUCGGUCUUCGCAUUUCAGACUCACUUGCCCGCAUGCUUAAAGGCAAGAUCGAGCUCGACUCUCAAAAAGGCGUUGGGAGCACAUUCACGCUCUCGCUGAUGAUUGACAACGCCGACACACUGACAUUGCACGAUCCGAACACCUCGCUCGCGGAUCGCACCGUAAUCCGUGAACUCCACCCCCCCCGCAAGCAGACCGAGUCGAAGCCGCUAGAUGGCAUGCGGAUCUUGGUCGCGGAAGACGGUCACGACAAUCAGCGGCUCAUCUCUUUCAUACUGAAAAAAGCCGGUGCGAUUGUCGAGAUGGUUGAAAACGGAAAACUCGCCUCAGACAAGGCCGCUGCUGCUAAGGAAGACGGCUCUCCCUACGACGUCGUGCUCAUGGAUAUGCAGAUGCCGGUCAUGGAUGGAUACACCGCCACUCGAAAGCUCCGCGGCGAGGGCUACAACCUGCCCGUUAUCGCGCUGACCGCCCAUGCUAUGGCCGAAGAUCGCCAAAAAUGCCUGGACGCAGGCUGCGAUGAAUUCACAACGAAACCCAUCGACCGAUCCAAGUUGAUCGAUUUGAUUUCUCGCUUCUCGACCGCGACAGCCAGCACCUCCGACGAUAACGAGUCGUAA